UUGCUCAUACUGUCAGCAUCGAUGUUUGUGAUCGACUGCUUUGGUCUGAAUCAGCGUUGCAGGAAGAAAAACACAAGUGAAGCUAGCAGCCGCAUUUCAGAGUAUUCAGAAUUACCAGAGGCUGCCGGUCAUGGGGUUGACCAAGCAGUACCUACGCUAUGUGGCCAGCGCAGUGUUUGGAGUCAUCGGUAGCCAGAAAGCCAACAUCGCAUAUGUGACCCUCCGAGGAGGAGAGAAGGGGCGCUAUGUCGCCGUGGCUGCAUGUGAACAAGUGUUCAUCUGGGACGUCCGGAAAGGAGAGAAGGUCCUGAUCCUGCAGGGUCAGAAACACGAGGUGACCUUCCUCUGCGCCUCGCCCGACGGCAUCCAUCUCGCCGUGGGUUACGAGGACGGCGCUGUGCGGAUCUUCAGCCUGCUGAACGGCGAGAGCAACGUCUCCUUCAAUGGCCACAAGACGGCCGUCAGCGCCAUGCACUACGACUCACUCGGGGCUCGGCUCGUCACUGGAUCCAGGGACACAGAUGUGAUCGUGUGGGACAUCAUCAAUGAGUGUGGGCUGUACAGGCUGAGAGGACACAAAGACGUCAUCACUGAGGCCUUGUUCCUCAAAGACAAGAACAUCCUGGUCACCAGCUCCAAGGACAGUUUUGUGAAGUGGUGGGAUCUGGACACACAGCACUGCUUCAAGACCAUGGUGGGCCAUCGCAGUGAGGUGUGGGGCAUGGUGCUGCUGAACCAGGAGAACAGGCUGCUCACAGGAUCAGCUGACAGCGAGCUCAGAGCCUGGGACAUCGACUACCUGCAGGAGGAGAAAGCUGAGGGGGAGACCAAAGUGAAGAAGGAGAAAACUCUGCUGGAUGAUGAUGAUGAUGAUGAAGACAAUAAGGAAGAGUUGGAUGAAAGUCCUGAGGAGCGGAUCCUGAGCUGUAAGAAAGCCGGCUCCAUCCUGAGAGAGGCUCGGGACCGAGUGGUGUCUCUGACAGCGGACGCUAAAGCCAGAGUCAUCGCCUGCCAUGGCAAUGACUCAGUCCUGGAGAUCUUCACUGUGCUGUCAGAGGAGGAAGUGCAGAAGAAAAUGACCAAAAAGACGAAGAAAGCCAAAAAGAAGGCGGCAAAGUAUGGACACAAGCUGCCUGUACUCUGUCUGGACAUCUCACAUGACAACACACUAAUCGCCACGGGCUCCGCAGACAGGAACGUGAAAAUCUGGGGUUUGGACUUCGGAGACUGUCACCGCUCUAUGUUUGCUCACGACGACAGCGUCAUGUUCCUCCAGUUUCUCCCCAAGACUCACCUGUUCUUCACAGCAGGGAAGGACAAGAAGAUCAAGCAGUGGGACGCCGACAAGUUUCAGCUGGUCCAGACUCUAGAGGGCCAUCAUCGGGAGGUUUGGUGUCUGACCAUCAGCCCAAACGGAGACCACAUCGUGUCGGCAUCUCACGACAAAUCCCUGCGUCUGUGGGAGAGGACGAGGGAGCCCAUCAUCCUGGAGGAGGAGCGAGAGAUGGCGAGAGAAGCAGAGUUUGAGGAGGACAUGGCCAAGGGAGAUGCGCCAGUGGUGAGACAUUACCUACUUAAACAAUAAAGCAUUACGCCGGUCGAUUUCAAGCAAGCAAUGUCUGAGAUUCUGUUGUGGGAGAUUCAGAUUUCAGUCCCUGUAAUAUAAGCUGCACUCUGGCCGUUAUAGCCUAAAACAACUGAUGCUUGACCUUGACUUGUUGGAUUCCCAUGCAACAGGAG